UCAAGUUUCAACCCCAACCAAACAAAUCCUCUGUUUUCUCUCUGUUCCUCUCUCCCAAUCCCAUAUGGUCAUGGCUGCCCGUGAAGAAGGUAAAGGGAUCAAGUUAUUUGGGAAAACAAUUACUUUGCAGGGAAGACAGGUGAAGGAAGAACAGAAUAAGGCGGAGCAGACGGUGAAACGGCCGGACAAGAUCAUACCGUGUCCAAGAUGCAAGAGUAUGGAAACCAAGUUUUGCUACUUCAAUAACUACAACGUUAACCAGCCUAGGCAUUUCUGCAAGGGCUGCCAGAGGUAUUGGACGGCAGGAGGGGCCCUCCGGAAUGUGCCGGUGGGGGCUGGCCGCCGGAAAACCAAACCACCUGGCCGAAGCCUUGGUGGUUUCCCAGAAGGGUGCUUCUAUGAUGGGUCCAGCGGAGUUCACCAGUUUGAGAUGGAUGGGGUGGUGCUGGAGGAGUGGCAAGUGGCUGCGGCAGCAUAUGGUGGGUUCCGGCAUGUUUUUCCCGGGAAGCGGCAGCGGAGCAGCUCAGGUGGACAACCUUUUUGAUCUUGUUUGAAAUUAUUUUAAAAAAAUGAUUAAAAAAUGUGUAUAUAUACAGAUUACAGGCUGGUCUUCAUAAAGUACGGUCCCAACGUUUUUAUAUAUAUUUUCCUUAAUUAUUACUUAUAUGCGUAUCUUAUAUGAUAAUUAUACACAACUAUCUAUGAUUUGGAGGGCAAAUAAAUAGAUAUUUCAUAGGGGGUACUUCUUCCAUACUGCAGAGCAGCAUGAAGAUCAAUGAUUUACUCAUAUCAUGCUUCCUGGACUCCCUGGAGAUAUGUACAACUGAUCAACUGAUUAUGGGAAUACCUGUGUGAUGUUACUAGGGAACAAUCAAUCAAUAGAAUGAGAUGAUGCCAGAAUCGAAUUUAAUUGAUGGAAACUGAGAUCAGGGCAAGUUGACCAAGAGCGUAGAGGAGGAAGAUGGCAGAGAUGAGAAGCACGAGGAAGCGUAUGUACAUACAAGCCAUUUGAGUAUGGAAACUCUCAAGGGGCUGUGAAAUUGGGGAGUUGAUCAUCUGAAUCAGUAACGGUUUUGAUGUAAGAUACUACAUAUUUAGUGGAUGUUAAUCUAGAGUGUCUUGACUAUUGAGAUAUCAAUUGAUUUUUCCUUAAUUAGACUGAAGUUUCAUGGUUGAGAGAAAACCCAAAACAAGAAAGAGUUAAGAAUCAAUGAUUAUAUGCUAAAGCCAGUAGUGUAGAAGUAGGAACAAAAAUGAAAGACUAGAACAGGAAAUGAGACCUUCUAUAUCUGCAGUAAAUGGUACAAGAACUUUAAAAGUAGUUUCUAAGCGGCUCCUUGUGCUUGAGUAUAUGUCUGUCCGAUAAAGUUCAGCAUAAAUAACCUCCGUCAUGCUAUUUUACAUCCGAUUUCAUAGUAAUUACGAUCUAGUUUAGCUAAAAACCGGUAUGGAAUAAUGGAAGGAAUUCAUCACUGGAAAAACACCAGCAUAUACAAGAAUAAAAUUCUUUUUUGCUU